ACCUGUUAUUGCUUAUAAGUUGUACCUUUAUUAAUUCUUCUCCCCUUCGGCAAGAAAGGCCACUUCUCCUCUUCAUUGCGUUGAUACAGAGGCUAGAUACACGACGUUCUGUUGGACUGACCCUCUUCUCCGGCGGUUUAUCUCCAAUCUCCGACCAUGGUGCUCGAGGCGACAAUGAUUUGCAUCGAUAACUCCGAAUGGAUGCGAAACGGCGAUUACGCUCCCACGAGGUUUCAAGCUCAAGCCGACGCUGUUAAUCUAAUUUGCGGAGCCAAAACCCAGUCUAAUCCGGAGAAUACGGUGGGGGUUCUCACAAUGGCGGGCAAAGGCGUUCGCGUUUUGGUCACUCCAACCAGCGAUCUUGGCAAGAUACUGGCUUGCAUGCACGGUUUAGAAGUUGGCGGAGAAUGUAACUUGGCAGCAGGGAUCCAAGUGGCUCAGUUGGCUCUCAAGCAUCGCCAAAAUAAAAAGCAGCAACAAAGGAUCAUCGUAUUCGUGGGCAGUCCUGUCAAGUAUGACAAGAAGUUGUUGGAAAUGAUUGGAAGGAAGUUAAAAAAGAACAGUGUUGCACUUGAUAUUGUUAACUUUGGUGAAGAAGAUGAGGGUAAAACAGAAAAGGUCGAGGCCCUUCUUGCUGCUGUCAACAACAAUGAUAGCAGUCACAUUGUUCACAUUCCUUCUGGUCCAAGUGCUUUAUCUGAUGCUCUAAUAAGUACCCCUAUCUUUACCGGAGAUGGUGAGGGUGGAAGUGGUUUCGCAGCAGCAGCUGCAGCUGCAGCUGCGGGUGGUGUUUCUGGUUUUGAUUUUGGUGUGGAUCCAAAUCUGGAUCCUGAACUGGCUCUUGCUCUCCGAGUUUCAAUGGAAGAGGAGAGGGCAAGGCAAGAAGCGGCUGCUAAAAAGGCUGCAGAGGAAGCUGCAAAACAGGAAAAAGGAGCGGAACAACAAUCCUCCACGCAAGAUGCAACAAUGACUGAGACUGUCAGUGCUGCAGCUCCUGAGGCUGAAAAUAAGUCAAAUGAUAUGACGGAUGAUGAGAAUGCUUUGCUCCAGCAGGCCCUCGCUAUGUCAAUGGGUGAUUCUUCUGCUAGUGCUGCUACACGGGACACAGAUAUGUCAGAGGCAACUGCUGAUGAUCAGGACUUAGCACUUGCUCUACAGUUGUCUGUGCAAGACAGUACAAAAGAUCAAGCAAGCCAGACAGAUAUGAGUAAGCUAUUGGCAGACCAGUCAUUUGUGUCAUCGAUCCUUGCUUCACUUCCAGGAGUGGAUCCUAAUGAUCCUUCAGUCAAAGAUUUACUUGCCUCCAUGCAAAAUCAGGCUGAGCCCCAGCAGAAGGAUGAAGACAAGGCACCGAAGGAAGAGGAGAAGAAGUGAUGCCUGUGUUGAUGUCCUCCAAUUUCGCAAUUUCACUUGUUAGGUUUGCCUAUCCACCAUAAUUGUUGGGUGAAGUAACACCGUGGAUCAAAGUAACCAUUGUUGACGUGGAAGGUGGAUAGGAGGACUACCGUCCAGUCCAGUCCAGUAAAGAGAACAAUUUAGAGCAAAUUGUCCUCCUUUACAUUAGGGGCAUUGUUGGAAAGUUGCUCAAUCUCAUGUACUGUUUACUGUUUCAACAUAUAGUGCUUGGCCUUUCCUUUUAUUGGUAAAUUCAUAUGGGAUAUUGGACAUUA